CCCAAUCCCACUGAGAGGAGAGGCAGUAGUAGCGCGACGGGUGCAGUGCACAGCAUCCUAGGCCUAAAAAACGACAUGAUGGACCGAUACUUUUUUCCUUUCCCUGAAAUACAUCUUCCAGGAUUUAUGAGUCAUUGUGCUGCUUGCGGGAAGUGGAUCCUGGUCCUGAUGCUUAUGGCGGUUGGAUUACGCCGAUGAGUCAGUGUAGUGUGAAGAGUAACAGCGAUGGCAUCAUCAACUGAGUGGCUUUGUCGGUAGGUGAGCUGUAACAAGAGAGGUGGCAGGAAUACAGUAUGUGGUGGCAGGGUAUAUUCACCUGAAAAUGAUUUGAUGUGGAAAACUAAUUGACUAAGAUGACACUCACAGAUCUACCCAACAUACUGGAAUCUGCUGUGUAUCAAAAUGCUAAACUGAAUUAUAUCUCUGUUCAAAUCAAGCUCAACUCUUCCUGUAAACAAUGUAAUUCCACAUACAUCAGUGCACCUCAAGAGCCCUGGAACAAUCAAAUAGAAUCCACUCAUAUGUUUGAUACUGCAUCUAUACACAAGCCCAGAUAUAACACAAUCGAAAUGGAGUACCCAUUUACAAGGGCUGACAGAUAUGUAGCCAACCCAGAUGUUGCUUGGAAUGUUUUAGCACAACAGAAAAGGCACAGAAUGCACCGUUUUUCAUCACCAGAUCUUUAUAACAUGCAAGUAACCCCUCAAAUUGUGACUGCUGAAAUUGCUGGUGAAGUUGCACUUAGGAGAAGAACAAGAUCAAGAAGUGCUUCAAGAGUCCAGACCAACUUCGUUCCAUUAAUAACAGAUGGCUCCCCUCCUGUGGUCAGAAGAAAUCAGGAUUUUCAAAGGUCUCCAAAACAUUCUCAGUGGAGACCAGAAGUAUCAGGCAAAGAUUCAUUUUAUGGGCCAGCUUGUACUCUCGUUAAUGAGGUGCAUCCCAUCAAAUUGCAACCCCAGAGGACUGAUGCCAUCAGCCAAUCCCCUAUUUAUAUGCAUGAAAGUUUGGAUGAGGGAAGGCCUGUUAAACUUGCCACUAGUCCUCAUGUAAGAUGUAGAGUUGACAUUAAGCCUGAUGAAGCAGCUUUGCAGCAGCAUAGUCAAAAGUCAUCCAUUUCAAGGGUAGACAUGCAAUCGCAGAGGUAUACCAGUAGUGCCAGUCAGAGUCUUUCAGUACCCCCCCAUGUCUCCACCUCAAGAACGCCCACUCCCACUGAAUAUUUCAAAGGUGACUAUACACCUGCCUACCAGUAUUCUCAAAGUAUGCCAACCAGUUACAUGCUGCCAUUAAAUACCCCAUCACAAAGGAUACCUUCUCAAUGGGAGAUAAGACACUAUGGAAGGGAGAGAAGAGCUAAGUCUACCCCCAAUGUGCCAACAAGAUUUUCCAACGCAGACAACUUGGGGAAGUAUGAAUCUUCACCCCCCAAAAGAACUUACUAUCAGGAUGAAUAUUUUACCAUUCCAAGCCAAGCCUACUCUCCUAAAGUUCAUUAUUUCCAGGAUAAAAAAACUCAUGUGGUUCAUACCAUACCUGACAGGCCAUAUUUCACAGAAGGAGAUCUUUAUCAUACUGAGCCAGCACAGUACAUAAUACAGACACCCCCUGCAAGAACCUUAAUUGGGGAUGACCCUAGGACACAUCAAGUUCAAACAGUUCCUCCCAGGAUUUUCUAUGUAGGUGAUCCCUAUGUACCUCCAAUAGAAACUUACAUUCCUGCUCAAGUAUACUACACAGAAGACAGGCGUCAUGCACACAUGGUUCAGCCAAAAUCACAUGAUUUGUAUGGCUCAGAUGUGUCUGGCUAUUCCACUCCCUAUCCUUCAUACACACCUCAAGCUACAUUAGCAAAAGUUAGACAAGAGCCCAUACUUACCCCUUGGUACAGUAACUUGUGUAUGGAGCCAACAAGAACAGUCAGUGACCCACGGUCUCACUCAAGAUCUUGGGACAAUAUCCUUGAAACUCAUGUAGCACGGGAACAACCAGUGUCUCAUGGGAAAAGUGAUGAGAAUCUUUUAUGUCAAAGGAAACAAACUUUGUCAGUAAAUGACAGACCAAAACCUGUGGUUGUUAAUCUUUCAAGUUCACCUAGACGUUAUGCGGCUUUAUCUUUAUCUGAUAAUUCUUUGAUUGACAAAAGUCCGGUUGAUACUAAAGGAACCUCAAGCAAACAGUGGUAUGUCACUCCUGAAAUCACUAUCACAGAUAAUGAUAUCAAACCUGGCAAAGGCUAUAAGGCAGAGGCACGCUCAGCCAGUUGGGAUGUGCUUGAUUCAAAAAGAGCUCCAGCUGAAGACGCCUCUUACCAUGAGACAAGGUCCGUUCCAACUAAAGAAAAACCAUAUCAUAGUACCUCGCUCCAACAAAGUUUAGAACAACUUGACAAGCUUUUAGCUGACCUGGUUAUUGAUUAUAAACCACCCACUAGUAUACAGGCCAAUGAAGACUUGAUGGAUCAACUCAAAAGUCUUAUUGAUAAAGAGGCAGUAACAUCAGGAAGAAGGAAUUCAAAGGCAGCAUAUGAGAGUAGCAUAUCCCUUGACAAACCAUCAACCUCCAUAACAAUAGAUCCUCACACCAUUAGAGACACUGAGGGGAGAUGCGAUGGUCUGCAAACUAAUGAGGAGUGCUCCCCUGACCAGAGUCCAGAUGAGGAUGAAACAAUGAUGUGUUCUAACAAUAAGUGCCGUCGGACAGAGACAUUGUUUAAUGCUUGCCUUUACUUUAAAUCGUGUCACAGCUGUUACACAUACUAUUGCUCUCGCAACUGCCGCAGGGAGGACUGGGUUAUUCACAAGGAGAGCUGUUUGUAUGGCAGGAUUAACAGUGUAUGUCGCCACAUAAUUAAAUAUUGCAGAGAAACUGCAGAGGUCCACAAAGCUUUCUCACGUAUAGCCAAAGUGGGAUACCUGUCCCGAGGAAGAGGUGUACUGUUUUUGAGCUUUCCAAACCCAGGAUCGUCAACAAACUUUCUUCAGUAUGGCCUAGAAAGCCUCCUGAUGUCACCAACAUAUCUGUCUAUACGUGAACUAGAUAGUUACAUGGAUAACCUUGGAGAUUAUUGCAAGGAGCUGCAGGAAGCAGGUAAGGAAUACGACCCCAAUGAAUGUUUUCUCUUGAACGUAUCCAUUGCUGUUGGCGAACAAGUGCCUGAGAGAUCACCACCAAGGGUUAAAGCCCCAACAGUUAGGAAGUAUGCCAAGGUUGCUUUAGCUUCUUACAGCCCAGAAAGAAAUGUCCAAGGGAAAGAACGUGAAAUGGAGACUUUGAUUCUCACUCCACCACCAGGUACAGCUGACAUUGACAAGGAAGGUGAAGAGGGGAGAAAAGCAAGAGAGAUUUGUUUCAUCAACAUUCAACGGGAGCUAAGAAUUCGGGGGGUGUUCCUCCGCCAUGAGUACCCCCAUGUGUAUCAGAAACUCUGUGAGUUUGUGGAGAACAACAGAAGGUUUACUCCUACCAGUAUUUAUCCUAUUGACAAAAGAACUGGAAAACAGUUCAUGUGCAUGAUAAUGGCAGCCUCUGAGCCACGGACUUUGGAUUGGGUUGCCACCCCUCAUCUUUUAGAUGAUAUUAUUUAAACAUAUACAGCUUUUAGGUAUAUAAAAUGACAUAUAUUUAUUUAUUUACUUAUUGUUAUAGUUAUGUACUACAGAUGAAAAUACAUAUAUCAAGUAUAUUAUAACUGUUUAUAUGUAUUUUGUUAUUUAAAAACAUGCAUUAAUGGAUCUAUUACAUAGUAUUAUAUUGUUAAAAGAGGAAAACAGAAAUUAUUUAUAGAAAUUUUGCUAUAAUGGUUUAGAAAAGUAUUUUCGGAAUGGUUAAUGACAGCUUACCAAUCCGUGGUACCAGCAGAGAGUCACUAAAUCAUUCAUUCUCAUUCAGAUUCUUGCGUUGAUCAUAGGACAGUUAGUAUAUAAUGAUUAUUUGAGUCAUUGGGUACAAUUAAAGAAAAAUAAUGUUAACAAUGUUUAAUCAGUCCCACCAAAACAAAUUAAAAUAAUACAAUGUGGUAAAAUCAAAUACUUCUUUAGAUAGAUAACUUUAUAGAUAGAUAAAUAAAUUAACAGAGAGACAAAAAGGCAGACAAACUAUAUGGCCAAAAGUAUGGAGACACCCAGAUAUCAUACCUUUAUAUGCCUCUUAGAAAAUCCUUUUCUGAAUCUAUGAACAUGAAAUGCAGCUGGUCUCGUCUUGGGAGUAUAACAGGCUAUACCUUUCUGGGAGAUUUCCUAGAAGAUUUUCUUGGUAGUGGUUCUAUGGGACAUUGUGCCCAUUCAGUCAAAAAUGCAUUCAUGUGGUCAGAUACUGAUUGUGGACAAGACUGGAAAUCAACAUUUCAGUUCGAAAUCAGAUUUUUUUUUACUUUACUUUGUUCACAUGAUCAUUAUCAUGCUGAACUGAAAAGGGCAUUCCCCAAACUCCUGCCACAAUGUUGAAAACAUGCUAAUUACUGCUACUUACCCACAUUAACAAGUGGUAGCAGUAGUUUUGAUGUUAGGCUUCUGAUUGCCUUCGGAGAUAUAGCACUACUUAGCUGUCAUUGCUCGAGCCUUAAGCAAAGGCCUUAUCCUUCAACUUGUUCAAGGCGUAUGAAUAAAAAUAUAUGUAAGUUGUGCUGGAUAAGGGCAUCUGCCAAGUGGUGUAAAUGUACAUUACCCUUUAGUGGAACUAGGAGGCCUACUUCAAACCUCUUCUUGGAUAAUAGGGAUCCCCAUGACAUGGCCACAUUUGAAGUUACUGAGAUCUUUAGUUGAAAACUGCCAUUCUACUGCCAGUGUUUGUCUAUGGAGAUUUCAUUUUAUGCACCUGUUAGCAACCAGGUGUGGUUAAAUCACCUGAACUUCAUUAUUAUAAGGGGUGUUAUGUAAGUGAUGUACUUUUGGCCAUAUAGUGUAAAUAAAUAGAUUUGGUGUUUUCCAGUCCUACUGAACCUUUGCACUUGACAUUGGAUAGCGAUGUACUUGGAACUUAAAAAAUGCAACAAAAAAGAAAAUAAAAAAAAUGCGUAGAGACAGUUUUUAGAAGCUAAAAAUGUUCUCUACCAAUGGUGACAAUGGUUCUUUUUAAAAAAUUGUUUUAUAAAAAAUAUUGAGCCAUUUUAGACUUGAAAACAAUUAAAGUGAAAAAAAAAAAAAAUCACAUUGGUUAAACCAAUAAUUGUGCUUUAAAUAGUGUGUUCCUAUGCUUCUGUUUCAGACACUGCGAAAUGACUUUAUUGCAUGUUGUGAACAUGAUGCCCUUGUAAUCAAUAACUAGACUUUAAAAUAUCUUGAAACAAUAAUGAUUAUCAUUGGCAUGCUGAGUUAAGUGGUCCAACUAAAAUUAAAUUAGUACAUUUGUGUGUUUUACAUUUAUUUUUAUCCUGAUACAUUGAAAUAUGUGUGUUUUAAAUAUCAUAUGUGUGUGAAAGUUUUCGGUUGCCAGGGAAUAUUUAUUGAGAGCUGGACUUUAUUAUGACAUUUUGCUGCUCCAAGCUAUUUAAACACUGUGUCAUUGACAUCUGUGAGAUUAAAAUGUUACCAUUGUGUGGAA